GCAGGCCAAGAACGAGGAGAAGAAGAGGAAAGAAGUCUAGGAAGAAGUCCGCCGUGGGUUGAGACGAUAUAACCAUGACUGACUGAUAUACGGAGCAGAGAGCCGGCGUUUCUGUUCUGAAUCUUCAAACUGUUCUCUCUGUUCUCUGGCCAACAUAUUAGAGCGUGGUAGUGCCACGAAGUUCAACCUUCAGCCCUUUGCUCCCUUUCUGCUGGUCAGAGGAACGAUGAAUAGCAGUAGCCAUGGGUUCUACGGACAUACUUCUUCUAUUUUGGAUGAUAUUGCUUCUCAACAUUGACCCAUGCUCCUGUGGCUUUAUCCCACGGCCUUUCGUCUCCGUUCUUACAUCACGAUUUCAACUCGGCUCUGCACACACUGGACUGAAUCAUACCAAUUUCAACGACACCCAGCCUCAAAUAAGGGAACGUGCUAUUACCACCGAGCUUUCGACCUGCGGCUACUUGAACGGAAACCCAGAUCUCAUAAGGACCGCCGACCCUGGCUAUAACUGCCGCAUCGACACGCGAAAUGGACUCUGGGGCUUCUGUCCCACCUCCGUCAUUUCCGCUGCAGACUGCGGGCUAGCCGGCAGUUGUGUGGACAGUCACCGUUGCUCCGGGGGCUGCGGUGCCACAGAUCGAGCAGAUUUAACUACUUUUACCUGUCGCGACAACUUCUGCUCGACAGCGCUUCUUACAUUCGGCAUCGAUCAGACCUACGCCUACAUCGCCUGCGAUGCGAAGUUCGGGACCGACUAUUAUCAUAUCACGCCGGUCGCUCAAGCUGUGACUACUACCUCAACUCCUGAACCUGUUACGACCUCCACUUCGGAACCUGAACCUGGGAGCGGGAGGUCUUCUCAGGAGCCCUCGAGCCAACCACCAAGAAACUCGUCCCCGAGACGUUUGUCCUCAGUGGGGGGCGCUUCCACAUACAGUCACUCAGAGGCCACAACACAAAGCAGUCAGCAGGUGGUGUCGAAUCGAAGCCCAACAUCGGCAGAGAGCGCACAUGAUACAAAUACAGAAGCAGAGGUCCCGGGAAACUCAGGAGAGGAUCCUUCAGAAGAUUCAUCGCCGUCGCCAAUCCAGCUAGGGGCUAUAAUUGGCGGGGCCAUCGGGGGACUGGCUCUAAUUUGUGCCACCACCAUUGCUGUUAUCUAUUUGCUACGGAGGAACCAUUCUUCUCGGUCUGAUACCCAGCCGGAAGUGGAACAGACUCCAACCUACACUGAAGACUUCCCCUCGGGCGGCUCCAAUAUGCAGGUAUAUAAAACUUUAGGGCCUCAGGAGCUGGAUGAUAGGGAACCGCAAGAACUUCCUGGGGACUACCGCAACCAUGGUUCAAGAUAUGUGGCUGAGCUAGAGUCUUGAUUGCGUUAUAAUGUAUGAGGACACGAUCGAUUCUCCCCGACGUCUGCAUCGUUUUGUGAUCAACUGCAGUCUGCAGCCACCUGUACUCCCGUCACACUAUAUCAGCCACUAGAAGACCUCGUCACCUGGGGACCAGAGGGCUUGAUGUCAGUUUUUUGGGUGCAUGUAACAGUUGAUCAAGCAACACCCGAUAGCUUUUCCACCUCGACUUGCUCGCCACCGUGGCUAAAUAGUCUUACUAGGUAUCUAGAUAGCUUGACUGUACCAUCUUCCGUG